AUGAAGAUCGAUUUGGAUGAUGGGAUGCCGCCAAACUUGUCACGGAGCCUGUUGCCAGAGUCUGGGAAAAAAAUCGAGAUACUAGAGAAGGCGAAGUCAGCAGAGAAAUUGGAGAAAGCUCUUUCCUUGGAGUCCUGUGUCAGCGUCCCGACCGAAAAGUGCAGCUACGACGAGGCUACAUACGGUAUAGGUGAUGCGGUAUUCUCAAUGUUUCUCGUCUCACCCCAAGUGGUGAGUGUAUGGAGAGGCACGUGGGGUAUAAUGGAACUGCACCCAGAACUGUUCCCAUAUGCCCAGAUUUACCUGCUCGGCAUUGUUAUACACAUAUGUUUUGCAUUACUAAGAGCAAAACUCCUGGAACGUUCAGCAGGAGCUUACAGCAGUCCAGGGGGUGGACCUUUCUCUUGGAUCACAGAGCGGAUCUUGUCUAGAGUGUACACAUACAUCUUCAUACUGUGUAAUAUAAUGCAUUGGCGAGGCGGUUUUGGGCUUUUUGACUUAUUCAUUUCUACCGUAGUACCUGAAGCAAGUGAUCCUCAUAGACCAGUACUCAUAUUAGCGGUCACACUUACAUUCUAUGUAGCAGCUGCUUUCCUACGGAGCUCAAGAAACUUCCUUGCGUCUCCUUACUUCUUAGUCACUGACGGCAAAGAAGCCACAUACAUCUUUACUACUAGGUUCAGAGUUUCGAACAGCCGAGAGACGAUGCUGUACAUACUGGACUGCAUAUUCUCUGUGGCAGUGGUGGGAUCUCUCGUGGUUUUCGUGUGGCGAGGAUCCUGGGCCUUACUCGAUAUAUUCUUGUUUCCUGAGGACGUGGCGAAGUCCUGUUGGACGUCACUGAUAGUCGGCUACGCCAUCGUAGUGGUAACCUUUGCUCUCCAAGCUCCUGUUCGUUGGGCGGCAGCCAGGUUGCAAGGAGCUCCCAGACUGUUGCUAGCUGAUGUGUACCAUCUAGUGUCCUUCAUCGCUACAGUCAACGUGUGGCGGGGGGUGUGGGGACUUCUUGAUGUUUAUUUCUUUCCUGACUCUCCAAAACUCAGCAACUGGAGUUCCCACAUCAUUAGUCUCGCGUUCUUAAUACUCCUGAACUGCUCCAACUCAAUCAUAGUUCGAGGAGUAUACAUUGACGCAGAGGAACCCGCGGGAGAAUGUGUAGUCUUCCCCUGCCACUACCUGCGGCUUUUUUUCCACAAAGAACGUACCAAGAAGAGACACAGAAGAGCUCUUCAAGCAGCAGCUUCUGCCAGAAAGCAAGAAGACGCAAGUCUUCCGCUACAGAUACCUGAGGAGAAAGUAUAG